GCGGGAGAAGAAGUUCAGAGAGCGUGUGUGUGUGUGAGAGAGAGAGAGAAAGAAAGAAAGAAAGAAAGAAAGAAAGAAAGAACGAAAAUAAGGAAAUAAAAAGAAAAGAAAAGAAAAGAAAAGCCGUACACGCAAUUUAUUGAAACAUUAUUUACUCAUUUAAAAUUCAAACAUUUAUUUCUUUUCCCAGACAGAAUGGCAGCAGACUGGUUGGGCAGCCUUGUUUCAAUCAACUGUGGUCCAACUUUGGGAGUGUAUCAAGGAGAAGUGUCCUCGGUUGAUCAGGCCACUCAAACCAUCUCCCUCAAACAACCGUUUCACAAUGGCAUCAAGUGUCCAGUGCCUGAGGUCACUUUCAGUGCCAUGGAUAUCAAAGAGCUCAAAAUCUUGGAAAUCCGUAACUGCUCCAAUGGAGUCACAAAGCGGAGUGUUCCUGAAUCUGGCUCCUCCGUAACUGGUUACGCUGGACGCAAGGAUAAAGGUGGAGGUAGCGGAGUCAAUAGCGCUCCUGUAAACGUGCCCAAAGCUGAGCCUAGGCUUCAUGAUGGAGGCAUGUCUCCUUCACAGCACUACUCCAAGAGCUAUGUAGAGCGCCAUGUAGAGAUGGUAGGCCAGAGUAAAGGCUUCAGACGAAGACACAACUCGUGGUCGUCCAGCAGUAGAUUAGCAAAUCAGGUCACUCCAAAGAAGAACGGCUCGAAGAAUGGCCUGAUGAAGAACAAAGAUGACGAAUGUUUUGGUGACGGCAUUGACGAUGUUCUAGAUGAGGAUUUUGACUUUGAGGGGAACUUGGCACUCUUCGACAAAGCUGCCGUCUUCUCGCAGAUCGAUUCAUCAGACCGGAGAGGUAAUGGUGCACGGACACGGGGGAAUCCUGCAGAGCAGACACCCUCGCGUUACCGACAUGACGAGAACAUUCUGGAAGCCAAGCCCGUUGUGUAUAGACAGAUCAUAGUGCCUCAGUCUGGGGCAAAGGAAUAUAGCACUGAUUCGGGGCUUGUUGUCCCUAGUAUCUCGUACGAGUUGCACAAGCGCUUGCUGAGCGUGGCUGAGAAUUACGGUCUCUCUCUGGAGCGUAGGCUGGAGAUGACUGGUGUGUGUGCCAGUCAGAUGGCUCUCACACUGCUUGGAGGCCCAAACAGACUCACACCUAAAAAUUUGCACCAGCGUCCAACGGUGGCUUUGCUGUGUGGGCCGCAUGUUCAGGGAGCUCAGGGAAUCAGCUGCGGCCGCCACCUGGCUAACCACGAAGUGGAGGUCGUCCUCUUCCUCCCUAACUUUGUGAAAAUGCUAGAAGCCAUCACCAGUGAACUUGCACUGUUUGGCAAGACGGGAGGCAAACAGGUUUCCAGCGUCAAAGAUUUACCAGAUACCCCAGUGGACCUGGUCAUAAACUGUCUGGAUUCUCAUGAGAACACUUUCCUGAGGGAGCAGCCGUGGUACCGUGCAGCGGCUGACUGGGCCAAUCAGAACCGAGCACCUGUGCUCAGUAUAGAUCCUCCAGUGAGCGGGCAGGAGCAAGCUGUGGAGGCAAAGUGGUCCCUCUGCCUGGGCCUCCCGCUCCCGCUGCCAGAGAGAGCGGGUCGAGUCUACCUGUGCGAUAUUGGUGUCCCUCGCCAAGUGUUUCAGGAGGUGGGCGUCAAGUACCACUCGCCCUUCGGCUGCAAGUUUGUCAUCCCACUGCACACAUAAACAUGCUGUAACCCAGACUGUAACAGGGUGUCAGGCACAGGGUCAGUGAGCCAGAACCUGCCUUAAAUCCCAGGGUGAUCAGAUGUCAGUGUGAGCGAGCUCCUUCUGUUGUGGUUCUGAUUCCAGCAUCUUAUUUCUGUUACAUUCUUUAAAGCUAUAUUCAAGUCCUGGAUGUUGAAUUGGGGAAAAGGGAAGAAGACUAGAGGAACACACCCAGCUUGUGGUUCUGCCUUCUGCGUGUUUACCGCGGAGCCAGCCUCUGACACUUUCUGCAUUUUUAUUUUGAAUUGAAUUUAUCUUUAAUUGAUUCUUUAUAGUCUUUACAGACUAACGAUGGGGUUUGAGCAGCGGGGCUCAGAUCUGUUUGCACAAAGACGUGAUAUUUCAUCUUAUUACAUGCUGUGUAGAGAUGACAUCAACGCAGAACCAGAACAAUCCUGCUUGGGACUCGUUUAUCCAAGUUAAACAGUCUAUUUUGCUUAGAUUCCUUUCAAUGCUCAACAGUUAUUUUGUAUUGAGAUGAAUUUGUUCAAUUUUCUUCUUCCUUGUCUGGAAAAUAAUUGUAGCAUUUAGGGAUUUAAUUUGACUUUUUUUCAAGCUUGUGCCAAAUGUGAUCAAAGUCAACACUGAUGUGCGGAGUCAAAAGGCCUUGGGGUAUUUAAAGAGGUAAUCAAAGCCUUGUUUGACUUUCUGUCGCCCAAGCAGGUAGGAAAACGUACUGAAAAAUAUUCUUUCAUUUUUCUCUCAGUACCAUACAGGUUAAUUUUAUUUAUUGGCCUGAAUGACAGACAAACACCAACAGUUCACAUCACUUUUUCAAACGGUUUAUUUUUCUUACAAGAAUUGUGCAGCAGUUUAGGUACUUUUUGUCUGAUGUGACAUUAUUAUAAUGUUAUUUGGAAACGGAUCUACACUUGUACUUUGAUGUUGCACACUUUUAUACAAGUUUCAUGAUGAACAGAUAUACAAACAACAAGAAGCUCUCCAAUUCCAAGCUGUUUGUAUUUGAAAGUUUAACACUUUCAGUUUUCAUUUAAACUGAGUUGCGUCUUUAAAGAAAAUCUACCAUUUGGUUGCUUGAGAAAAGGAACUUUUGAAAUUGUUUAGUGUUAAACAUUUUAACUGUGUCAGUCUUGUUGACUGAACAAUAUUGUUUUCGUCACCCUUAUUAACUUUUGUAGAAUAUUUUUCUUGUUUUGUAAUUUAAUUUUACC